AUGGCGAUCCUCGUGUGUGGCUGCCUUUCCCCGCCACCCCUCUGUGGCCCUGGGAGAUACGUGCGGUCGCUCUGCGACUAUCCGGGUCACUGUCGGUUACCAUAUCGCUCCUCCUACUUGGCGAAUCAUGGUGCUCCUGAUUUCAGUCGAGCGAACCCACCGUCGGGUGAAUGGAGCGACUUGGUGACCAAGCGAUGGGUAACGAUACCCAUCCAUCUUCCCAAUGAGGUCGUUGACCGACUCGAACGAAUUGCGCGAGGUCCUAAGACUCGCUUGCAUCCUUCAAGACGGGGUGGGGUAUUGAACGUUGACCACGGGAUGGCAGGUGGUCUCCAAUACACCCACCCUAGAAAAAUAAUGAAAUACCUGCGGACGAAGCAGCAUGCCAUUCAUAUAUUCCGACUUGCCAUCCAUUUAAAUAUCAGGGUCAAUAGCGAGGCAAGACCUCGGUUUGAAAGAUGCGCGCUGCCUCCGUCUGGGUGCUCCCUUGCCGUGGGCCCCGGGCUUUCCACCAAACGCACCUAUACCAUCGCGUCCGGUUUGUCACCUCAUUCCGGUUGGAAGUUGUCCGUACACAGAGAAGCCUUUGAAGGCUUACUCGCCGUACCGACCUUGCUUCUUUCCCUCCUUUCGAUCUGGAUAAUCAGUUGUCUCAGUUCUGCCUUCGCUUUAUUGGUGGUAUCUUCCACGCAUCCUCAAACUGCGACAUCACGAUUUCACGACAUUAAGAAUCAAACACCUCAAUCGAAGGUCGAUCACAUCUUUCGUCCAGCCGCUUACAAGCUAAACUCUGGCAACACAAUAUCGCUCACGUCGGCCGCCAAAAGUAUUGCUAUGUCAACCACCUUGUAG